AUGAAACUUGUUUGGUCUCCUGAAACAGCAUCUAAAGCAUACAUCGACACAGUACAAUCUUGUAAGGUUUUACGCGGAUCAGGCGUAGCGGAGCUUAUUUCAGCCAUGGCGGCAGGAUGGAACGCGAAGGUGAUAGUAGAAACAUGGUCGGGGGGAGGUGUAAUCGAAACAAGCAUAGGUUUAGCGGUAGCGAGAAAACACACGAGUGGGAGACACGUGUGCAUAGUCUCAAACGAGAGAUCAAGAUUGGAAUACUCUGACAGAAUAGGAGAAACCGGAGCUUCGACGGAAAUCAUUGUCGGAGAACCAGAAGAAGUCAUGGAAAGGUUCGUCGAAGAGAUAGAUUUCAUGGUGGUGGAUUGCAAGGGAAGUAACGAUUUCUCGAGGGUUUUGAAGGUGGCGAAGUUGAGUGUGAAGGAGCGGUUUUGGUUUGCAAGAAUGCGAAUUUGA